AUGCAGAACUCAGCAUCACCAGCGUCUCCAGAAACCUCACAUCCUCUCGUUCCUUCACCCCCACAUCCCGACACUUCGACCUCGUCUCCUCGCCUGCCUCGCUCCGCUUCCGCCGAUUUGAUGCAGCGGACAGACGUUGUGGCUGAGGGUGCAACACGGGAGGAUUCAGAAGCCGGAGGAGUGGCUGUCUCCAUGCCCAAGAUGAUGGGCAACCCGACGCGGAACGCUGUUGGCGAGACAAGCGACGACGGGAUCCGGCUCGUCGGUUCCUACGAUUCGACGAGCGACAUAGCACCGUCAUCCCUGACCAGCACGUCGCCGUACGAAGCGGUUUCCAUCCCUCCACCCUUGUCCGCCGUCCAGCCAGACACGCUCCUCUCGCCCUCCUCGCAGCCCAACAAGCUUACCAAAUGGCUCUCCCGAUCCUCCGCCUCAACAUCCUCGGGCCAGUCCUCGCCCUCGGAAAGCGCCGCUGGUCCACCUGAAUCGCCUACGAAGACGCGCAAGACCCGCUCGCGCUCGAUCGGCUCGCUCAACCUCCUUACGCGCUCUGUCAACCGCCCGCCAGAGCCUGAGCAGUCGACUUCCUCCCUACCGCCGCCCGCGGCCCCGACAAUCUCGAUCUCGUCCUCCCCGUCGACGCAGUUCGAUUCGCAGCCCUCGACCGAUUUCUCAUCGACUUCUGCCCUUCCCGCUACGUCCGCCUCUAGCGCUCCCCGCCGAAGCUCCGUCACCUCGACUUCUACUUCCUCUUCAUCUACCCACUCUCGCCCUUCCUCGUCUCAAUCCGCCAACUCGGCUCAGCAGAAACGUUCCCUCUCAGCCAGUCUCUCUCUCCGGCCGUCGUCCUCCUCCAGCCGGCGGAGCAAGAAAGGCAAGUCCCCCGCCGCUCCCGAAGCGGAAGACGAAUGGGCGACAGCCGAGCUCGAAGAGGGAGAUGAAGACGGCAGGCGGAUAAGCGAGGCGAUGGUCCGCGCUGUGAGUCGGACUAGUACGGUCUCGGCGUUGAGUGGGGCUAGUAGCGCUGGGGGAGAGAAGGGAGAGGGGCGCUUGGCGCGCGGGUUGAGGAAGACGAGGAGCGGGUUGAAGUUGUUCGGACGGGCGAAGGAGCAGGCUGCGCUGGAAGCGGAAGGAGUGGCGAUUGUUGGUGGAGCGGGACAUGUGCCGUCGAAUGCGUCGUCCUCAAUGUUGGACGUCUCGUCGGGCGCCGAGUCGGCCAUCACGCCUACCUCGUCCAGCUUCCCCUCGUCUGUCAGCCCCAUGUCCGACAGCGCGCUCUCGACUUCUCCGCCGCCUCUCAACGCCUCGUCGCCGCCUGCAUCAGGCACACCGUUGAGCCCGAACCACAUCGUCGCGAACCGUAUCGGCGGAUGGUUCAGCAGCAUGCUGCAUCCCUCGACGUCCGCCGGCGGCGCCGCACCCUUCUCCGGCCAGAACGAGCAGCAACGCGGAUCGACCACCUCGCUGCACUCGUCGCCGGAGAAGAUCCGCUCCCCUCCCUCACGACAACCCGGGUCACCCGGCGCGUUCGCUCUGCGGCAAUCCACCUCCUCCGCCUCGCCUCUCAAGAAAGGCUCCUCCUCCGCCUCUGCGACAGGUCAAGGCCGACUAGGACCCUUCGACCGCAUGCUCGAUCGCGCGGUGCAGUAUUUCCUCGAUACCGACUCGCAGGCGGACAAGUGCGAGGAGGAUAUUUGGGUGUUGGGCGUGCGGCAUCCGGGAUGGAGGGCGGAGGCGGAUGAGAUGGGAGAAGCAGAGGAAAUGGUGGAGGACCAGGUCAGAAAGAAGAAGAGCUUGUCGAGUUUGGGCAGGAAGGGGAAGAGUCCGGUCAAGGCGAGGAAGGUCCCGCCCGUUCCGACCCCAUCGGCUGCGUCGACGCAGCUACCGAUCGCCGACGACGACCCUUUCCUCGUCACGACUCCCGGGGUGCAGAACGACUCGACCACCUCGCUCGGUUCCGUUCCCUCAGCACUACCCUCGACGAUCAACGGCUGGCCCGCUGCCUUCUACUACGACUUUUACUCCCGCAUUGCCCUCACCUACCGUUCCGGCUUCCCCAUCAUCCCCUGCGACCCCGCCUCCUCCUCGACCGGCGUCGUCCAGGGCAUGCGCAAUAACCUGAGCAUGAGUAUCGGACGGGGCGGGCAUCGCGGACCGUCACCGACGAAUGCGGAGGGCGGGCUGAGCAGCGAUACGGGCUGGGGGUGCAUGCUUAGGACUGGGCAGAGCUUGUUGGCGAAUGCGUUGGUCAAGGUCCACCUCGGGCGAGAUUGGCGGCGACCUCUACCCACCGGCGAAUCCGUCCCUUCGCCCUCACCCGUCCCCUCUGCCGCGACCUACGCCCGCAUCCUCUCGCUCUUUCUCGACGACCCCUCGCCCAUCUCGCCCUUCUCCGUCCACCGCUUCGCCCAGCAGGGCAAACUGCUUGGCAAAGAGAUAGGCGAAUGGUUUGGCCCGUCCACAGCCGCCGGCGCGAUCAAGACCCUCGUCAACGCGUACGAGCCGGCCGGCCUCAAGGUCGUCAGCUGCGUCGAUGGGACCGUCUAUGAGAGCGAAGUUGUGGCUGCGUCAAUGCGAGACGGCGAGAAGUGGAAGAUGCCGGUGCUGGUGCUCAUCAACGUCCGCCUCGGGAUAGAUGGCGUCAACCCGAUCUACUACGAGGCAAUCAAGGGCAUCUUCCGCCUCUCGCAGUCGGUCGGCAUCGCUGGCGGUCGCCCCUCGUCGUCCUACUACUUCGUCGGCGCGCAAGCGAACUCGCUCUUCUACAUCGACCCCCACCACCCUCGGCCCGCCGUACCUCUCGUCCUUCCUCCCGACGACUCGCUCGUCCGCGCCGCCCAGCACUUGCCGCUCGCACCCUCCACCUCUGACACGCCCGCGAACGAGUCUGCGCGGCAACUCGACGACUUUCUCCUGGCCGCCUACCCAGACGCGGCGUGGGCGACGUAUCACACCGACAAGGUCCGCAAGUGCGCGCUGUCGAACCUUGAUCCGAGCAUGCUGUUGGGCUUCCUCGUCGAGGACGAGCGGGACUGGCAGGACUUUCGGGUGCGGGUACAGGAGCUAUCGCAAGCCUCCUCGCCCAUCUUUGCCAUCGCCCCGUCCCCUCCCAGCUGGAUGCGCCGCUCGACCUCUUCCGCCGCACCAGCCACCAUGUCCGCCCUCUCGCCUGCGCUUGGCGACGAUUCGUUCUCCGAAGUUGCCGGCGAAGACGUCGGAGAUGCGGAUAGCGCUGGAUUCAGCGAGCCAGAGGACUGGGAGUUGCAGUCGACAGAAGGCGAGGAGGAUGCGCCGGCUCCGACGCCCGCCGUCGCGCGGAAAGAGUCGUCGGCGGGAUUGGGAGGCGCGGCAGUAGUCGUUGGCGAAGCGUCUCGGAGCGAGGCGAGGGCGGACGAGGGGUGGCAGGGAGUCUAG